AUGAUAGAUUCUGAAUGGGUGUUUGAUUUCGUUAGUGGAAGUGAAGGAAGUGAUGAUGAUCCACUUGUUCACUUUGCUUUGUUUGCAGAUUCUGAUCCUGUGUCAUUUUCUAAUGCCAUAAGAGAACCAAAAUGGCAUAAAGCCAUGGAUGAGGAAGUCAAAUCUAUUGAGAAGAACAAUACUUGGGAGUUGACAGAGCUUCCACAAGGGCACAAGACGAUUGGUGUCAAAUGGGUUUUUAAGACAAAGUUGAAUGAGAAAGGUGAGAUUCAUAAGCACAAAGUACGCUUGGUGGCGAAAGGUUACAAGCAAGAGUACGGCAUUGACUACACAUAA